AUGCACCAACCUCCCCACUGCACCAACCUCCCCACUGCAACAACCUUCCCACUGCAACAACCUCCCCAGUGCUCCCCCUCCCCACUGCAACAACCUUCCCAAUGCACCAACCUCCCCACUGCACCAACCUCCCCACUACACCAACCUUCCCACUGCAACAACCUCCCAGAUGCUCCCCCUCCCCACUGCCACAAUCUCCCCAAUUACAACAACCUACCCACUGCAAACAACCUUCCACUGCACACCUUCCCCCUGCGAAACGCUCCCCACUGCACAACCUUCCCACUGCAACAACCUCCCCACUGCAACAAACCUCCCCACUGCAACAACCUCCCCACUGCUCCCCCUCCCCACUGCACCAACCUCCCCACUACAACAUCCUCCCCUGCAAACAACCUUCCCCUGCCAACCCUUCCCACUGCAAACAACCUCCCCACUGCAGCAACCUCCCCAAUGCAACCCUUCCCACUGCUCCAACCUCCCCACUGCAACAACCUCCCCACUGCAACAACCUUCCCACUGCAACAACCUUCCCUUGCACAACCUCCCCACUGCAACAACCUCCCCACUGCACCAACCUUCCCACUGCAACAACCUCCCCACUGCAACAACCUCCCCACUGCAACAACCUCCCACUGCAACAACCUUCCCACUGCAACAACCUCCCCACUGCAACAACCUCCCCACUGCAACAACCUCCCCACUGCAACAACCUCCCCACUGCAAACAACUCCCCACGGCAACACCUCCCACUACACAACCUCCCCACUGCAACACUUCCCACUGCAACAACCUCCCACUGCACAACCUUCCACUGCAGCAACCCUUCCCACUGCAACAACCUCCCCACUGCAACAACCUUCCCCACUGCACCAACCUCCCCAUUGCAACAACCUCCCCAGUGCUCCCCCUUCCCACAUGCAACAACCUCCCCACUGCAAACAAUCCUCCCCCGACACAACCUCCCCACUGCACACCUCCCCACUGCAGCAACCUCCUCCACGCAACAACCUUCCCACUGGCAGCAACCUCCCAAUGCAACAACCUUUCCUCACGCAACACCUCCCAGUGCUCCCCCUCUCCCACUGCAAACAACCUCCUACAUGCAGCACCUCCCGAAUGCUCCCCUCCCCACUGCAACAACCUCCCCACUGCAACACCUCCCCCACUGGCUACCCCUCCAACACGUUGGGCAACAACCUCCCCAGUGCUCCCCCUCCCCACUGCAACAACCUCCCCACUGCAACAUCUCCCCAGCACAACCUCCCAGUGCUCCCCCUCCCCACUGCAAUAACCUCCCCACUGCAACAACCUCCCCACUGCACAACCUUCCCACGCAACACUCCCACUGCAACAACCUCCCCACUACACAACCUCCCCCUGCACACCUCCACUGCAACAACCUCCCACUGCAAUAAAACAACCUCCCCCGGCAACACCGUCCUCAGUGGCUUCCCUCUCCCCACUGCAACAACCUCCACCACUGCAACAAACCUCCCUCACUGCAACAACCUUCCCACUGCAACCACCUUCCCACUGCAACAACCUCCCCAUUGCACCAACCUCCCCACUGCAACAACCUUCCCACUGCAACAACCUCCCCACUGCAACAACCUCCCCACUGCAACAACCUCCCCACUGCAACAACCUCCCCACUGCAACAACCUCCCCACUACAUGUAAAGCACCCGGUUCCUUCGAUGUUUUAUUCCAUAAGCAGCCCAAGGGCCAUCCUGCGGCUGCCCUAAUUUGGAGCGCCAUAAUCAGAGCUGCUUUGCGGCCCCAUGCCUUCAGCUUCACCUCUAGUGAGACACAUCAUUCCAGGCUUCUGCCCAACCGGCCGCCCUCACCGCUCACUCCCGCUGCCAUACGAGGGGCGGACGCCGUCCAGGCCUCGUGGCGAAGGUGCCUCGGCGAUUGUUUACAGGGCUCUGUUUACCUUUACCUGGCUAAUGUCCAGUAUUCGGCGACGUGUGACGUCACAGACCCCGCCGUGGCAGCCGCUGCAUCCGUCAACAAGACGCACCGCAGGGGGCGUCCAUGGGGCGGCGGGGGGUACUCAAGGAAAGAACAAAUUUUUAAUGGAUUUAUACUGAAAACUAAUCGCCGGUUCCCGGAGGAUAGAGGAAAGACUUUGGACUUGUCCAGCGGCGAAGAGGCCGCAGGGUGGCUUCCAGACAAGACUCGGGUCACCCCUCUGACUUCAUAUCUACCUGAACAGGAGAGCAAGUCUUCGCCAGGUGAGCGGUCCGUGCGAAUCCGCCCGGCUGGGCUGAAUGUUCAAGUUAUCAGUUUGUUUGACCAGGAGAAACCCCUAAAGCAUGCCAUGGAACCUGAAAUCAAGGUGUGGUAUCAUCGCCGUACGAAUGAAGGGGUUCAGCAACUAAUAUCUGGUUAUAAGUACAGACGCACACUAAAGAAAAGAUCUGCCAAGUCUAAAUACCUCUAG